AUGGCAUUGAUAACAGAACAAAGUGAAUCCAUUCAGUUAGAUCCGACAGCCGGAUUUGUUAUCAAGACUAAAAUUGUUUCGGCUAACGAUCCAUUAGCGCAUGCAUUAUCAACUAAAGUUUUUAUUAAUGUUUGUCACGAUGCUCAAGUUCCAAAGCCAGCUCAAGAUUUUGAGCCAUCCGUGAUAUUCCCGUUGAUCAUUGAUAAUCAGUGGGAAAUUCCAUUGAUCGUGUCAAGAGAGAAGUACACUAAAGAUAAAAAAGGACAACCUUCAUUCGUUUACGAUUGUUGCAUCAACACAUUGUGUUUUCAAUGGUGCCAAAUCAACAACGAUUUGAGGUCUAUCUUGAUUGAAUGGUGUAUUGAAUCCAUUGAACUCUUGUUUGACGUUAUCUUAGAGAGAGAAUAUUCUAUCCCCAAGAUGCUUUCCAAAGGAGAGCUUUCUCAAACAAAGAUUUUGAAGGACGAACUUGAUGAAUCAGGAUUCCAGAAAAAAUUGCAGAGCCUAAAGAAGAACGAGACAUUGGGGUUAAUUGAAGAAAUAAGAGACAGAGACCAGGAUGGUAUGGACCUAGAUGAAGAUAUGGGUGAAUUACCAAAUUUGAUGAACAUCAAAGCAAAAGACACCGAUACCAGCUCCAAGCCCUUAAUUCAAGAAAUAAGCGAUAUGCAAAUAGACGUAGACAAAAAGAAGGUCACAGCACCAAACACCGAACAUACUACGCAUCGUAAUGUCCAGAGAACCUCAACUAUAGACGAAGCCCCAUCAUCACUCGUAAGUACAGAAAAAUUGAAUUACUCGAUCACUUUCAAGAAAAUAUCUCUGAAACAUCAACUACUUGUGAAGUUUGAAUGUGCCAAUCUACAAUCAUGCACCAGUAUUCAAUUAUCAUAUGUCAGGAGUUCGCAUGCAUUGAUCCUAAAUAAUUCAGAUUCUAGGUAUUAUUUCAACAAGUCAAUGACAAAAUUGAAAAUGAAUACAUUGGAAAUACCAUUACCAAAUGAUAUAACUAUAAAUGAGGAACAUAUCUUCAAUAGUUUCUAUGUUAGACCAGAACAUAGUUUAUAUAUAUUUUGUUAA